AUGGCUCAAACUCCAGUUGCAGCAACUCAAGCGAGCAAUACAGGGGAAGCACCAGGCCAGGCCCAACAGGCGUCGUCUGGAGGACUCUUCAGAUCUGGGGUAUCCUUAUUUGGAAAAGCUUCAGCACAGCCAGCUCAGAACCCUCCCUCCCAGGAGCCAAGUCCCUCUGACUACCCACACGAUGACGAGGACGAGCAAGAUAGUGAAGACGAGCACGACAACGACAUCGACACCAUAGCCUCAGCAUCACUCGAACACCAAGAGUCAGUCAAGCAAGACUACGGCCUCACAACGACCUACGAUCUCCCCGGCCAACGGACACUCAUCCCCUCAAGCAACAACAGACGCCAUGUCCUAGCCGAUCUGGACCUCAAGUCAGUCACACUAUCCCACAUCAUUGUCCCGAAACACAGCGCAGAAGCAUUUUACCGCGCACGAGUCAAGAACACCUCAUCUUUGAGGAUUACGCGCGGCAAAGUGGGCUUAACGGUUGAUGGAACGUUCCUGGGCACUGCCACGAUCCCUAACUGUGCGCCGGGCGAUUUCUUCCACGUCUCUUUGGGCGUUGAUCCCUCGAUCCUGGUCACCUAUGGUAAGCCAACCGUGCGACGGUUGAAUACAGGGUUCUUCACCGGACAUGUUGGGGCUGUGUUCCGGCGCACGUGUUGGAUCAAGAAUACCAAGGGCGUGGCUGUGGAUAUUACUGUAUUGGAUCAGGUGCCGGUGAGCGAGGAUAAGGAGCUGCAGGUAGAGAUCCUGGAGCCGAAGGGCUUGCGUGAGAAGGGUAAUGAAGUGAAGCUGGAUUUGGAAACAAGCCAUGGAAGCGGAAAGGCCAUUAUGGAGAAGAAGGGAGAGAUCAAAUGGGUGAUACACUUGGAGCCGGGGAAGGAUGUGCGGGUGGUAUUGGAGUAUGGGACAAAGGCGCCGAGAGGGAGCGAGGUGGACACUGCAUGA